AUGGCACCGAAGAACCGCAUCAUCAUCGACACAGACCCCGGGGUCGACGAUGUCCUCGCCAUCCUCCUGGCCCUCAGCGCUAAGGCUGAGGACUUAGAAGUGCUCCUCAUCUCGCUGACGUUCGGCAACGUGGACGUGCGCUCCUGCCUCCGCAACGUCGUGGCGAUCUUCCACAUCCUGGAGAAAGAACUCCUCUGGCGCAAGUCGCAAGGCAAGCCCCUCGGCUUUGAGGGCAUCACGAAGUUCAAACCCCUCGUCGCCAUUGGCGCGGACGAGCCCCUGCAAGACCGCAUUGAAAGCGCCGACUAUUUCCACGGUGUCGACGGCCUGGCAGGCACGCAUACGAGCCAUCCGCACUUCUCGCCCGAGGAGAGUUGGAAGCGCCUGUUCGAGCAGCCGCCGCCGGACGACGAUCUGACGAAGAAAGCCAAGCCGGAAGUCGACCUCGAGGAGCCGAGCAAUGCAUUCGUGCCGUCCCUCGAGCCCGCCCACAAGGAGAUUCUGCGCCUGUUGCGGGAGAACGAAGCCGGGACCAUCACUCUCAUUGCAAUCGGGCCGCUCACGAACUUUGCCCUCGCCGCGGCCGAGGAUCCGGAGACCUUUUUGCGAUGCAAAGAGGUGGUCACCAUGGGAGGCACGGUCGACGGGAUCGGCAACGUCACCCCCGUGGCCGAGUUCAAUGUAUAUGCGGACCCCUACGCCGCUGCGAGGGUGUAUGCGCUGUCGUCGCCCAUUCCGGCGAGUACGAUGCCCAUCGCCACAGAAGGGGAGAGAAGCGUGGAAAUGCCGCACUAUCCGCCGCGAUUGUCAAAGCAGCUCAAACUCACGCUCAUGAGCCUCGACAUCACGGAAUACCACAUGCUGUCCCGCGGGGAGUUUACCGCCUUUGCGAAACCGUUCCUCGACCAAGGAUCCCCUCUCGCCGCCUGGAUGUCUGCCUUCAUGACACCCAUGCUCGACAAGAUGGAGCGGCUGCAUAUCGGCCACGAAGGGGAGGGGGCAGCACUUGCACUCCACGACCCUCUCUGUAUCUGGUACGUGCUGACGCAAGAUGACGUGCGGUGGAAAGCGAGUGGCAGAAGCCCCGAGGAUAUCAGGAUUGAAACGUCCGGCCAGUGGACCAGGGGUAUGACGGUGGGAGACAAGAGGGCGAGACGGAGGAGGAACUCGGACGGCGAAGUACCUCACGAUAGGGGCAACUGGUUAGGAAAUCGCAGUGGCAACAGGGUGGAUCGGAUGCUGGAGAGUCCGGGCCGCGACGAGGCGAGCAAGUAUUUGUUGAAGUCGAUUUUCGACGAGUGA